UCAUUACUAAUAAGUGUUGCAAAAUUACAGUUUAUAUGAUGAGAUAUUUUCACAUGAAUUGAAACUGUGUUGUUGGGUGUUUUUUAGAAGAACUAAUGGCAAGGAAAAAAAGAAAGUGACUCGUGCACCCAAUGGAAGAAGUGACUUCACUACCUGCUGUCCCAAUUAUGGGAAUUGAAUUUGGCAGUUUUCACCAAAAUGGCCUACCGCCUACCUGAUGGACAAUUCUUUGAUGUCCCAACACCUUUUUUUCCCCAAUUCAGACACUUUUAAAGAGCUUUCCCUUUCAUGCUAUACAAGCAUCAGAUUACAGGGUACCAAAUCUGUGGAAAAUCUGUUCAUCAAUAGUUGAAACCUCUAUAAUUGAUGGAUUUUAGUUUUGUAGACUUGAGAGUAAUUAGACUUUAAGACAUCACCACACUAAAUACACCCUCACCAUUAACUCGUUGGACUAUAUUUAAAUUCUUUGCUUUUAAGUUAGUUUUCAUUAACUAUGGCUUUUCCUUGGGCUUAUUGUACUAUUUUACUUGCUGUUUACCAAUUUACUGAUGCAUUUUCCAGUAAUGUUUACAUUGUUUAUAUGGGAGAUAAACCUCAUGAUGUGCCCGAGCUUGUUAAAGAUUCCCACCAUGAGCUCCUCUCUCACAUUCUUGGAGGCAAAAAGACCGCCAUGGAAUCAAUUUUGUACAGCUACACACAUGGAUUCUCAGGAUUUGCUGCUGUCUUAACUCCGUUUCAAGCCAGAAUUGUUGCAGGAUUGCCCGGAGUUGUUCGUGUAGUUCCUAAUCGAAUUCUCAAUUUGCACACAACAAGAAGUUGGGAUUUUCUGCAAGUCACUUCCCACUUGCACAAUGGAAUUCUCUUGAGAGGUCAAUAUGGUGCUGGGUCUAUUGUUGGCAUCCUAGAUACUGGGAUAUGGCCUGAAUCUGAAAGCUUCAAAGACGAUGAAAUGAAAGCUGUUACUUCUCAUUGGAAGGGGAUAUGCCAGGAAGGUGAGCAAUUCAAUCGAUCAAACUGUAACAGGAAAAUAAUUGGCGCUCGCUGGUAUGUCAAAGGAUAUGAGGCUGAAUUCGGAAAGCUGAGCACAUCUGAUGGCUCUGAGUUUCUGUCUCCCAGAGAUGCAACUGGCCAUGGGACACACACAUCAUCUACAGUGGCCGGUGCUUGGGUAGGAAAUGCAAAUGUUUUGGGAUUAGGACAAGGACUGGCCAGAGGAGGUGUUCCUUCAGCUUGGUUAGCUGUGUAUAAAGUUUGUUGGGCUACUGGUGGCUGCAGUUCAGCUGAUAUUCUUGCUGCAUUUGAUGAUGCAAUAUUGGAUGGAGUGGAUGUGAUUUCAAUGUCUCUAGGUUCAUUGCCUCCUCUUUCAACUUAUGUUGAUGAUACAGUGUCUAUCGGUUCUUUCCACGCUAUGGCUAAUGGAAUUUCUGUCGUCUGCUCUGGUGGAAAUAAUGGUCCCUAUCCCGAAACAGUUGUAAAUACAGCUCCAUGGGUGAUCACUGUUGCAGCAAGCACCAUUGAUAGAGCUUUUCCUAUUAAAAUAACCUUGGGGAACAAUCAAACUUUUGUGGGUCAAGCAUUGUAUAUGGAUAAGGAUCUUGACAAGUUCUAUCCCAUUGUGUAUGGAGAAGACAUCAUGUCUACUGAUGCAUAUGAAGAUGAUGCAAGAAGUUGUGUUGCUGAUUCCCUAAAUGCCACUUUAGCGAGGGGGAAGGUUCUUCUUUGUUUUGAAUCUCGAAUUCAAAAGUAUCCUGUCAAUGCUGCAAGAACUGUGAAAAAUGUUCAGGGAAUUGGACUUGUCUUCGCAAAGUUUCAAACUAAAGAAGUUAGUUUGUGUUUGGAUGUCCCCUGUGCUCAAGUCGACUUUACAAUAGGAACAUCUCUGCUAACAUACAUAGGGUCAACCAGCAAUCCUAUUGUAAAGUUUAACCUUCCAAGGACAAUUGUGGGGCAGCAGGUCUCCCCACAUGUUGCACUAUUUUCUUCUCGAGGACCAAGUUCCCUCUCUCCUACCGUGCUGAAGCCCGAUAUUGCUGCUUCAGGGGUUGAUAUUCUAGCCUCCUGGUCGACAGCUGCAGCAGCCCAGCCAUCUGGUGCCAUUGAGAAUCAUCUUCAUCCAUUCAAAUUCAAGUUUGCCUCCGGUACUUCCAUGGCGUGUCCCCACAUAUCUGCCAUUGUCUCUCUUCUGAAAUCCAUCCACCCAUCAUGGAGUCCUGCUGCAAUAAAGUCUGCCCUGGUCACUACAGCCUCUUUAACAGAUGAAUAUGGUCAGGCAGCUGUUGCAGAAGGAGCUCCACACAAGCAGGCCGACCCAUUUGACUAUGGUGGUGGCCAUGUCAAUCCUAACAAAGCUAUUGAUCCUGGUCUCAUAUAUGACCUGGAUGUCAAAGAUCAUGCUCGUUUUUUAUGUGCACUGGGCUAUAAUGCAACAUCCAUCAGCUUGCUGACACGGACUAAUGCUCCUUGUCGAGGAACUGCCAAUUUCCUAGCCAACUUUAAUUUGCCUUCUAUCACCAUUCCUCAGUUGAAGAACUGCACGACUGUUUCAAGAAUUGUGACAAAUGUUGGUCCUGAUCUGUCGAUUUAUACUGCUACAAUUCAAGCUCCCCCGGGAACAGAUGUGAUGGUGGAACCCCCAAUUCUGGCAUUCAAUUCUGAUUUGAAGAAACUAAAGUUCAAGGUAACAUUCUGCUCCAUGCUAAGAGUACAAGGAACAUACUCGUUUGGGAAUUUGUUAUGGGAGGAUGGAUUGCACGUCGUAAGGAUACCGUUGAUUGUUCGAUCCAUUGUUCAAGAGUACUAUCAUUAAACAUAAUCAGAGUUCUUGUCUCGGACCAGAAUCUGUGAUUGUUUACUAAUUUUGCUGAAAUAAAAGUUGUUACAUUUGAAAAUGGUUAUUAAAAAGUUUGAUGAGCAUAUGAGGUUUUAACCCUAUAAAUGUGUCUGCUCUCCAGUGGCAUAAGCUAUUAAAAUUACCCGUUUCCUAA